AUGGCGGGGGUCCCAGGUCUGCCCCCUGGACCCCUCCCGUCCAGCCCCGCCAUCCGGCUCCAAGGCCUGCCUGAGGUGACCCACGGGCUGAGGGCAUACGAUGGCUUGUCUCUGCCUGAGGACACAGAGCCCGUCACAGCAGGCCGGGUUGGCUGGAGCUAUUCCUACCUUUCUGAUGAUGAGGACUUGCUGGCUGACGACGCCUCCGGAGAUGGCCUGGGCAGCGGCGACGUGGGCAGUGGGGACUUCCAAAUGGUUUACUUCCGGGCCCUGGUAAAUUUCACUCGCUCCAUCGAGUACAGCCCCCGGCUGGAGGAUGCGGGCUCCAGGGAAUUCCGAGAGGUGUCCGAGGCUGUGGUAGACACGCUGGAGUCGGAGUACUUGAAAAUUCCCGGAGACCAGGUGGUCAGUGUGGUGUUCAUCAAGGAGCUGGACGGCUGGGUCUUUGUGGAGCUGGAUGUGGGCUCGGAAGGGAAUGCGGAUGGGGCUCAGAUCCAGGACGUGCUGCACAAGGUCAUCUCCAGCGGCUCCAUUGCCUCCUACGUCACCUCUCCCCAGGGAUUCCAGUUCCGACGUCUGGGCACAGUGCCCCAGUUUCCAAGGGUCUGCACCGAGGCCGAGUUUGCCUGCCACAGCUACAACGAGUGUGUGGCCCUGGAGUACCGCUGUGACCGGCGGCCCGACUGCAGGGACAUGUCGGAUGAGCUCAACUGCGAGGAGCCAGUCCAAGAGCUCACCCCUGUGCCGCCCGUCCUAGUGGAGACAACACCUUUACCCCCUUGGCCAGAAGCAACCACCAUGCGGCGGCCGCCAGACACCCCUGCUCCCCAGCCUCUGCUCCCUGAUCUAAGCAGGCCCCUGCCCUGCGGGCCCCAGGAGGCCACAUGCCGCAGCGGGCAGUGCAUCCCCAAAGACUACCUCUGUGAUGGGCAGGAGGACUGCAAGGACGGCAGCGACGAGCUGGACUGCGGCCCCAGCCCGCCCUGUGAACCCAACGAGUUCCCCUGCGGAAACGGGCACUGUGCCCUCAAGCUGUGGCGCUGUGAUGGUGACUUUGACUGCGAGGACCGCACGGAUGAGGCUAAUUGCCCUGCCAAGAGCCCCGAGGAAGUGUGUGGGCCCACGCAGUUCCGAUGCGUCUCCACCAACACGUGCAUCCCGGCCAGCUUCCACUGUGACGAGGAGAGCGACUGUCCCGACCGCAGCGACGAGUUUGGCUGCAUGGCCCCCCAGGUGGUGACGCCUCCCCAGGAGUCGAUCCAAGCAUCCCGGGGCCAGACAGUGACCCUCACCUGCGUGGCCAUCGGCGUCCCCACCCCCAUCAUCAACUGGAGGCUCAACUGGGGCCACAUCCCCUCCCAUCCAAGGGUGACAAUGACCAGUGAGGGUGGCCGUGGCACACUGACCAUCCGCGAUGUGAAGGAGUCGGACCAGGGUGCCUACACCUGCGAGGCCAUGAACGCCCGGGGCAUGGUGUUCGGCAUUCCCGACGGUGUCCUGGAGCUCAUCCCGCAGCGAGGCCCCUGCCCCGACGGGCACUUCUACCUGGAGCACAGCGCCUCCUGCCUGCCCUGCUUCUGCUUCGGGGUCACCACCGUGUGCCAGAGCAGCCGCCGCUUCCGCGACCAGAUCCACUUGCGCUUUGACCGGCCCAACGACUUCAAAGGCGUGAACGUGACAAUGCCUGCGCAGCCCGGCAUGCCACCCCUGUCCUCCACCCAGCUGCAGAUUGACACUGCCCUGCAGGAGUUCCAGCUGGUCGACCUGUCCCGCCGCUUCCUCGUCCACGACUCUUUCUGGGCUCUGCCUGAGCAGUUCCUGGGCAACAAGGUGGACUCCUAUGGCGGCUCCCUGCGCUACAAGGUGCGCUACGAGCUGGCGCGUGGAAUGCUGGAGCUGGUACAGCGGCCGGACGUGGUCCUCGUGGGCGCCGGAUAUCGCCUCCUCUCCCGAGGCCACGUGCCCACCCAACCCGGCACUCUGAACCAGCGCCAGGUCCAGUUCUCGGAGGAGCACUGGGUCCAUGAGUCCGGCCGGCCGGUGCAGCGAGCAGAGCUGCUGCAGGUGCUGCAGAGCCUGGAGGCCGUGCUCAUCCAGACCGUGUACAACACCAAGAUGGCCAGCGUGGGGCUGAGCGACGUCACCAUGGACACCACCGUCACCCACGCCACCAGCCACGGCCGUGCCCACAGCGUGGAGGAGUGCAGGUGCCCCAUUGGCUAUUCCGGCUUGUCCUGCGAGAGCUGCGAUGCCCAGUUCACCCGGGUGCCUGGCGGGCCCUACCUGGGCACCUGCUCUGGCUGCAAUUGCAAUGGCCACGCCAGCUCCUGUGACCCCGUGUAUGGCCACUGCCUGAAUUGCCAGCACAACACGGAGGGACCACAGUGCAACAAAUGCAAGGCCGGCUUCUUUGGGGACGCCACAAAGGCCACGGCCACUGCCUGCCGGCCCUGCCCUUGCCCAUACAUUGAUCCUUCCCGAAGAUUUUCGAACACUUGCUUCCUGGAUACAGAUGGCCAAGCCACAUGUGACGCAUGUGACCCAGGCUACACGGGUCGCCGCUGUGAGAGCUGUGCCCCCGGAUACGAGGGCAACCCCAUCCAGCCGGGCGGAAAGUGCAGGCCCACCAACCAGGAGAUUGUGCGCUGCGAUGAGCGAGGCAGCAUGGGGACCUCUGGGGAGGCCUGCCGCUGCAAGCUCCCAGCUCUGUGCCUGCAGAACAACGUGGUGGGGCGCUUGUGCAACGAGUGUGCCGAUGGCUCUUUCCACCUGAGCGACCGGAACCCCGACGGCUGCCUCAAGUGCUUCUGCAUGGGUGUCAGUCGCCAGUGCACCAGCUCUUCCUGGAGCCGCGCCCAGGUGCUUGGGGCCUCCGAGCCGCCUGCUCAGUUCGGCCUGACCAAUGCCGCAGGCACCCACACCACCACCGAGGGCAUCCACUCGCUGACGCCGGGGGAGCUGGUUUUCUCCUCCUUCCACAGCCUCCUAUCUGGACCCUACUUCUGGAGCCUCCCUUCACGCUUCCGGGGGGACAAGGUCACUUCCUACGGAGGAGAGCUGCGCUUCACAGUGACCCAGCAGCCCCAGCCCGGCUCCACGGCCCUGCGCGGGCAGCCGUUGGUGGUGUUGCAGGGCAACGGCAUCGUCCUGGAGCAUCACAGCUCCCAGGAGCCCAGCCCCGGCCAGCCCAGCUCCUUCACGGUGCCCUUCCGGGAGCAAGCCUGGCAGCGGCCCGACGGGCAGCCAGCCACGCGGGAGCACCUGCUGAUGGCGCUGGCGGGCAUCGAUACCCUCCUGAUCCGGGCAUCCUACACCCAGCGCCCCGCUGAGAGCAGGGUCUCUGGCAUCAGCAUGGACGUGGCUGUGCCUGAGGACACCGGCCAGGACCCCGCGCUGGAAGUGGAGCAGUGUACCUGUCCAACCGGUUACCGUGGCCCAUCCUGCCAGGACUGUGACACAGGCUACACACGCAUGCCCAGCGGCCUCUACCUGGGCACCUGUGAACGCUGUAGCUGCCACGGCCACUCGGAGGUGUGCGAGCCUGAAACAGGCGCCUGCCAGGGCUGCCAGCACCACACGGAGGGCCCUCGGUGUGAGCAGUGCCAGCCGGGAUACUACGGGGACGCCCAGCGGGGGACACCGCAGGACUGCCAACUGUGCCCGUGCUAUGGAGCCCCCGCUGCUGGCCAGGCUGCCCACACUUGCUUUCUGGACACAGACGGCCACCCCACCUGUGACGCUUGCUCCCCGGGCCACAGCGGGCGGCAUUGUGAGAGGUGUGCCCCAGGUUACCAUGGAAACCCCAGCCAGGGCCAGCCGUGCCGAAGAGAUGGCCAGACGCCAGAGCCCAUAGGCUGUGGCUGCGACCCCCAGGGCAGUGUUGGCAACCAGUGUGAUGCCGCUGGUCAGUGCCAGUGCAAGGCCCAGGUGGAAGGCCUCACCUGCAGCCACUGCCGGCCCCACCACUUCCACCUGAGUGCCAGCAACCCCGACGGCUGCCUGCCCUGCUUCUGCAUGGGUGUCACCCAGCAGUGCGCCAGCUCCUCCUACACCCGCCACCUGAUCUCCACCCACUUUGCCCCUGGGGACUUCCAAGGCUUUGCCCUGGUGAACCCGCAGCGGAACAGCCGCCUGACAGGAGGCUUCACCGUGGAACCUGUGCCCGAGGGUGCCCAGCUGUCUUUUGGCAACUUCGCCCACCUCGGCCACGAGUCCUUCUACUGGCAGCUGCCGGAGCCGUACCAGGGAGACAAGGUGGCGGCCUACGGCGGGAAGCUGCGGUACACACUUUCCUACACGGCAGGGCCUCAGGGCAGCCCGCUCUCGGACCCCGAUGUCCAGAUCACAGGCAACAACAUCAUGCUGGUGGCCUCCCAGCCAGCGGUGCAGGGUCCUGAGAGAAAGAGCUACGAGAUCGUCUUCCGAGAGGAGUUCUGGCGCCGGCCCGAUGGGCAGCCGGCCACGCGGGAGCACCUGCUGAUGGCUCUGGCUGACCUGGACGAGCUCCUGGUCCGGGCCACGUUCUCUUCGGUGCCGCUGGCGGCCAGCAUCAGCGCGGUCAGCCUGGAGGUCGCCCAGCCUGGGCCCUCGGUCGGACCCCGGGCCCUCGAGGUGGAGGAGUGCCGCUGCCCCCCGGGCUAUGCCGGCUUGUCCUGCCAGGACUGCGCCCCCGGCUACACGCGCACUGGGAGCGGGCUCUACCUUGGCCACUGUGAGCUGUGCGAAUGCAAUGGCCACUCAGACCUGUGCCACCCGGAGACCGGUGCCUGCUCGCAAUGCCAGCACAACGCUGCCGGGGAGUUCUGCGAGCUGUGUGCACCUGGCUACUACGGAGAUGCCACGGCCGGGACGCCUGAGGACUGCCAGCCCUGUGCCUGCCCACUGACCAACCCAGAGAACAUGUUCUCCCGCACCUGUGAGAGCCUGGGAGCCGGCGGGUACCGCUGCACGGCCUGCGAACCCGGCUACGCCGGCCAGUACUGUGAGCAGUGUGCCCCAGGUUACGUGGGUAAUCCUAACGUGCGAGGGGGCCGGUGCGUGCCACAGACAAACCAGGCCCCCCUGGUGGUCCAGGUACAUCCUGCCCGGAGCAUCGUGCCCCAAGGCGGCCCCCACUCCCUGCGGUGCCAGGUCAGCGGGAGCCCACCCCACUACUUCUACUGGUCCCGUGAGGAUGGGCGGCCCUUGCCCAGCAGCACCCAGCAGCGACAUCAAGGCUCUGAGCUCCACUUCCCCAGCGUCCAGCCCUCGGAUGCCGGCGUCUACAUCUGCACCUGUCGCAGCCUCCACCACGUCAAUACCAGCCGGGCAGAGCUGCUGGUCACUGAGGCUCCAAGCAAGCCCAUCACAGUGACGGUGGAGGAGCAGCGGAGCCAGAGCGUGCGCCCUGGGGCCGACGUCACCUUCAUCUGCACAGCCAAGAGCAAGUCUCCGGCCUACACCCUGGUGUGGACCCGCCUGCACAACGGGAAACUGCCCACUCGAGCCAUGGAUUUCAACGGCAUCCUGACCAUCCGCAACGUGCAGCCGAGUGACGCGGGCACCUACGUGUGCACCGGCUCCAACAUGUUCGCCAUGGACCAGGGCACGGCCACACUGCACGUGCAGGCCUCAGGCAGCUCGUCUGCCCCUGUGGUCUCCAUCCACCCGCCGCAGCUCACAGUGCAGCCCGGGCAGCUGGCCGAGUUCCGCUGCAGCGCCACCGGGAACCCCACGCCCACGCUCGAGUGGACAGGCGGCCCUGGCGGCCAGCUCCCUCAGAAGGCACAAAUCCACGGCGGCAUCCUGCGCCUGCCAGCCGCCGAGCCCUCGGACCAGGGCCAGUACCUGUGCCGCGCCCACAGCAGCGCCGGGCAGCAGGUGGCCAGGGCUGUGCUCCACGUGCACGGGGGCAGCGGGCCCAGGGUCCAGGUGAGCCCAGAGAAGACCGAGGUGCAGGAGGGCAGCACGGUCAGGCUGUACUGCAGGGCCGCAGGCGUGCCCAGCGCCACCAUCACCUGGAGGAAGGAAGGCGGCAGCCUGCCCCCGCAGGCGCGGUCCGAGCGCACGGACAUCGCCACGCUGCUCAUCCCAGCCAUCACCACCGCCGACGCCGGCUUCUACCUCUGCGUGGCCACCAGCCCCGCGGGCACCGCCCAGGCCCGGAUCCAAGUGGUCGUCCACGCAGCCUCAGGCGCCAGCACACCGCCAGUCAGGAUUGAGUCCUCGUCGCCUUCCGUGACUGAAGGGCAGACGCUCGACCUCAACUGUGUGGUGGCAGGGUCGGCCCACACCCAGGUCACCUGGUACAGGCGAGGGGGCAGGCUGCCCGCCCACGCCCAGGUCCACGGCUCCCGGCUGCGGCUCCCCCAGGUUUCACCGGCCGACUCUGGAGAGUACGUGUGCCGGGUGGAGAACGGGUCAGGCCCCAAGGAGGCCUCCAUCGUCGUCUCUGUCCUCCGCGGCACCCAUUCGGGCCCCAGCCACACCCCAGCUCCCGGCAGCACCCAGCCCAUCCGCAUCGAGCCCUCCUCCUCACACGUGGCUGAAGGGCAGACCCUGGAUCUGAACUGCGUGGUGCCCGGGCAGGCCCAUGCCCAAGUCACAUGGCACAGACGCGGGGGGAGCCUCCCCGCCCGGCACCAGACCCACGGCUCGCUGCUGAGGCUGCACCAGGUGUCGCCUGCCGACUCUGGCGAGUACGUGUGCCGUGUGGUCAUUGGCUCUGAGCACCUGGAGACUUCUGUCCUAGUCACCAUCGAGCCUGCUGGCUCCAUCCCUGCCCCGGGACCCAUCCCAGCUGUCAGGAUCGAGUCUACAUCCUCCACAGUGGCCGAGGGGCAGACCCUGGAUCUGAGCUGUGUGGUGGCAGGGCAGGCCCAUGCCCAGGUCACGUGGUACAAGCGCGGGGGCAGCCUCCCCGCCAGACACCAGGUGCGCGGCUCCCGCCUGUACAUCUUCCAGGCCUCGCCCGCCGAUGCGGGGGAGUACGUCUGCCGGGCCAGCAACGGCGUGGAGGCCUCCAUCAGGGUCACAGUAACCAGGACUCAGGGAGCCAACUUCGCCUACCCCCCUGGCAGCACCCAGCCCGUCCGCAUCGAGCCCUCGUCCUCACACGUGGCUGAAGGACAGACCCUAGAUCUGAACUGCGUGGUGCCCGGGCAGGCCCAUGCCCAGGUCUCGUGGCACAAGCGUGGGGGCAGCCUCCCCGCCCGGCACCAGACCCAUGGCUCCCUGCUGAGACUGCACCAGGUGUCCCCUGCUGACUCCGGCGAGUAUGUGUGCCGAGUGGUGGGCGGCUCUGCGCCCCUGGAGGCUUCUGUCCUGGUCAGCAUCGAGCCUGCAGGCUCUGUGCCUGCACUUGGGGUCACCCCCCCAGUCCGGAUCGAGUCAUCUUCCUCACACGUGGCCGAAGGGCAGACCCUGGAUCUGAACUGCCUCGUUUCCGGGCAGGCCCACGCCCAGGUCACGUGGCACAAGCGCGGGGGCAGCCUCCCUGCCCGGCACCAGGUGCACGGCUCAAGGCUGCGGCUACUCCAGGUGACCCCAGCCGACUCUGGGGAGUAUGUGUGCCGUGUGGUCAGCAGCUCCGGCACCCAGGAAACGUCAGUCCUUGUCACCAUUCAGCAGCGCCUGGGCACCUCCCACUCCCAGAGCGUGGUGUACCCCGUCCGUAUCGAGUCCUCCUCAGCUUCCCUGGCCAACGGCCAUACCUUGGACCUCAACUGCGUGGUCGCCAGCCAGGCCCCCCACACCAUCACCUGGUACAAGCGUGGAGGCAGCUUGCCCAGCCGGCACCAGAUCGUGGGCUCCCGGCUGCGGAUCCCUAAAGUGACUCCCGCGGACUCAGGCGAGUACGUGUGUCACGUCAGUAAUGGUGCCGGUUCCCAGGAGACCUCUCUCAUCGUCACCAUCCAGGGCAGCGGCCCCUCCCAUGUGCCCAGCAUCACCCGACCAAUCAGGAUCGAGUCCUCGUCCCCCACGGUGGUGGAAGGACAGACCUUGGAUCUGAACUGCGUGGUGGCCGGACAGCCACAGGCCAUCAUCACGUGGUACAAGCGUGGGGGCAGCCUUCCCUCCCGACACCAGGCCCAUGGCUCCCGCCUGCGGUUGCACCAAAUGUCUGUGGCUGACUCGGGCGAGUACGUGUGCCGGGCCAACAACAACAUCGACGCCCUGGAGGCCUCCAUCGUGGUCUCCGUGUCCCCCAGCGCCAGCAGCCCCUCUGUCUCUGGCGGUGCCAUGCCCAUCAGAAUCGAGUCAUCGUCGUCACAGGUGGCCGAAGGGCAGACCCUGGAUCUGAACUGCGUGGUGCCCGGGCAGGCCCACGCCCAGGUCACGUGGCACAAGCGUGGGGGCAGCCUCCCCAGUCACCAUCAGGCCCACGGCUCACGGCUGCGGCUGCACCAGGUGUCCCCAGCCGACUCGGGCGAGUAUGUGUGCCGUGUGGUGGGCAGCUCCGGCCCCCUAGAGGCCUCGGUCCUGGUCACCAUUGAGGCGUCUGGCUCAAGCUCUGUCCACGUCCCUGCCGCAGGCGGAGCGCCACCCAUCCGCAUCGAGACCUCCUCCUCUCGAGUAGCCGAAGGGCAGACCCUGGAUCUGAAGUGCGUGGUGCCCGGGCAGGCCCACGCCCAGGUCACGUGGCACAGGCGCGGAGGCAGCCUUCCCGCCCGGCAUCAGGUUCACGGCCCCCUGCUGAGGCUGAACCAGGUGUCCCCUGCCGACUCUGGCGAGUACUUAUGCCAAGUGACCGGAAGCUCGGGCACCCUGGAGGCGUCUGUCCUGGUCACAAUUGAGGCCUCCAGCCCAAGUCCCAUUCCUGCCCCAGGCCUGGCCCAGCCCAUCCACAUCGAGGCCUCCUCUUCACACGUGGCUGAAGGGCAGACGCUGGAUCUGAACUGCGUGGUGCCCGGGCAGGCCCACGCCCAGGUCACGUGGCACAAGCGCGGGGGCAGCCUCCCUGCCCGGCACCAGACUCACGGCUCCCAGCUGCGGCUCCACCACGUCUCCCCGGCAGACGCGGGAGAGUACGUGUGCCGCGUGGCCGGCGGCUCAGGCCCUCCGCAGGAGGCCUCCUUCACGGUCACCGUCCCACCCAGCGCAGGCUCUUCCUACCGCCUCCGGAGCCCUGUCAUCUCCAUCGACCCGCCCAGCAGCACCGUGCAGCAGGGACAGGACGCCAGCUUCAAGUGCCUCAUCCACGAGGGCGCAGCCCCCAUCACCCUCGAGUGGAAGGCACGGAACCAGGAGCUGGAGGACAACGUCCACAUCAGCCCCAACGGCUCCAUCAUCACCAUCGUGGGCGCCCGGCCCGGCAACCACGGCGCCUACCGCUGCGUGGCCUCCAAUGCCUACGGCGUGGCCCAGAGUGUCGUGAACCUCAGUGUGCAUGGCCCCCCUACGGUGUCUGUGCUCCCCGAGGGCCCCGUGCGGGUGAAAGCGGGAAAGGCCGUCACCCUGGAGUGUGUCAGCGCCGGGGAGCCCCGCUCCUCUGCCCGGUGGACCCGGAUCGGCACCCCUGCCAAGCUGGAGCAGCGGACGUAUGGGCACGUGGACAGCCACACGGUGCUGCAGAUUUCAUCAGCAGAACCGUCAGACGCCGGCACCUACGUGUGCCUCGCUCAGAAUGCGCUGGGCACAGCACAGAAGCGGGUGGAGGUGAUCGUGGACACGGGCACCGUGGCCCCAGGGGCCCCCCAGGCCGAGGUGGAAGAAACCGAGCUCACCGUGGAGGCUGGACACACAGCCACCCUGCGCUGCUCAGCCACAGGCAGCCCCACGCCCACCAUCCACUGGUCCAAGCUGCGCUCCCCACUGCCCUGGCAGCACCAGCUGGAAGGUGACACACUGGUCAUCCCGAGGGUAGCCCAGCAGGACUCGGGGCAGUACAUCUGCAAUGCCACCAGCCCUACCGGGCACUCUGAGGCCACCGUCGUCCUGCACGUGGAGAGCCCACCCUACGCCACCACAGUUCCAGAGCACGCUUCGGUGCAGGCAGGGGAGACGGUGCAGCUGCAGUGCCUGGCUCAUGGGACACACCCGCUCACCUUCCAGUGGAGCCGCGUGGGUGGCAGCCUUCCCGGGAGGGCGACGGCCAGGAAUGAGCUGCUGCACUUUGAGCACGUGGCCCCUGAGGACUCAGGCCGCUACCGCUGCCAGGUCACCAACAAGGUGGGCUUGGCUGAGGCCUUUGCCCAGCUGCUCGUCCAAGGCCCCUCCGGCUCUCUCCCUUCCACUGCCGUCCCGGCAGGAUCCACACCCACCGUGCAGGUCACACCUCAGCUGGAGACCAAGAGCAUCGGGGCCAGUGUUGAGUUCCACUGUGCCGUGCCCAGCGACCGGGGCACCCAGCUCCGCUGGUUCAAGGAAGGGGGUCAGCUGCCUCCUGGCCACAGUGUGCAGGAUGGGGUGCUUCGAAUCCAGAACUUGGACCAGAGCUGCCAGGGGACAUAUGUUUGCCAGGCCCAUGGACCUUGGGGGCAGGCCCAGGCCAGCGCCCAGCUGGUUGUCCAAGCCCUGCCCUCGGUGCUCAUCAACAUCCGCACCUCUGUGCAGACCGUGGUGGUCGGCCACGCCGUGGAGUUCGAGUGCCUGGCACUGGGUGACCCCAAGCCUCAGGUGACGUGGAGCAAAGUCGGAGGGCGCCUGCGGCCAGGCAUCGUGCAGAGCGGAGGCGUUGUCAGGAUCGCCCACGUGGAGCUGGCCGACGCGGGACAGUACCGCUGCACCGCCACCAAUGCCGCCGGCACCACCCAAUCCCACGUGCUGCUGCUCGUGCAAGCCUUGCCCCAGAUCUCCACGCCCCCGGAGGUCCGUGUGCCUGCUGGUUCUGCAGCCGUCUUCCCCUGCAUGGCCUCGGGCUACCCGACGCCCGACAUCAGCUGGAGCAAGCUGGACGGCAACCUGCCCCCCGACAGCCGCCUGGAGAACAACAUGCUGAUGCUGCCCUCGGUCCGGCCCCAGGACGCGGGCACCUACGUCUGCACCGCCACUAACCGCCAGGGCAAGGUCAAAGCCUUUGCCCAUCUGCAGGUGCCAGAGCGGGUGGUGCCCUACUUCACGCAGACGCCCCACUCCUUCCUGCCGUUGCCCACCAUCAAGGACGCCUACAGGAAGUUUGAGAUCAAGGUCACCUUCCGGCCCGACUCAGCCGAUGGGAUGCUGCUGUACAACGGGCAGAAGCGGAUGCCAGGAAGCCCCACCAGCCUGGCCAACAGGCAGCCUGACUUCAUCUCCUUCGGCCUCGUGGGCGGAAGACCUGAGUUCCGGUUCGAUGCAGGCUCUGGUAUGGCCACCAUCCGCCACCCCACACCACUGGCCCUGGGCCAGUUCCACACCGUGACCCUCCUGCGCAGCCUCACCCAGGGCUCCCUGAUUGUGGGCAACCUGGCCCCAGUCAACGGGACCUCCCAGGGCAAGUUCCAGGGCCUGGACCUGAAUGAGGAGCUCUACCUGGGCGGCUACCCUGACUACGGUGCCAUCCCCAAGGCGGGGCUGAGCAGUGGCUUCAUAGGCUGCGUCCGGGAGCUGCGCAUCCAGGGGGAGGAGAUCGUCUUCCAUGACCUCAACCUCACGGCGCACGGCAUCUCCCACUGCCCCACCUGUCGGGACCGGCCCUGCCAGAAUGGGGGCCAGUGCCACGACUCGGAGAGCAGCAGCUACGUGUGCGUCUGCCCAGCGGGCUUCGCCGGGAGCCGCUGUGAGCACUCGCAGGCCCUGCACUGCCACCCAGAGGCCUGUGGGCCUGACGCCACCUGCGUGAACCGGCCGGAUGGUCGAGGCUACACCUGCCGCUGCCACCUGGGCCGCUCUGGGAUAAAGUGUGAGGAAGGUGUGACGGUGACCACCCCUUCCCUGUCCGGCUCUGGCUCCUACCUGGCGCUGCCGCCGCUCACCAACACACACCACGAGCUACGCCUGGACGUGGAGUUCAAGCCGCUGGCGCCUGACGGCAUCCUGCUGUUCAGCGGGGGGCGGAGCGGGCCCGUGGAGGACUUCGUGUCCCUGGCGAUGGCUGACCGCCACCUGGAGUUCCGCUACGAGUUGGGGUCAGGCCUGGCCGUUCUGCGGAGCACCGAGCCUCUGGCCCUGGGCCGCUGGCACCACGUGUCUGCCGAGCGCCUCAACAAGGACGGCAGCCUGCGGGUGAACGGGGGACGCCCUGUGCUGCGCUCCUCGCCCGGCAAGAGCCAGGGCCUCAACCUGCAUACCCUCCUCUACCUGGGUGGCGUGGAGCCCUCUGUGCCACUGUCCCCGGCCACCAACGUGAGCGCUCACUUCCGUGGCUGCGUGGGCGAGGUGUCGGUGAAUGGCAAGCGGCUAGACCUCACCUACAGCUUCCUGGGCAGCCAGGGCGUCGGGCAGUGCUACGACAGCUCCCCCUGUGAGCGCCAGCCUUGCCAGCAUGGUGCCACGUGCAUGCCCGCUGGCGAGUACGAGUUCCAGUGCCUGUGUCGAGACGGCUUCAAAGGAGACCUCUGUGAGCACGAGGAGAGCCCCUGCCAGCUCCGUGAGCCCUGUCUGCACGGGGGCACCUGCCAGGGCACCCGCUGCCUCUGCCUCCCUGGGUUCUCUGGCCCACGCUGCCAGCAAGGCUCUGGACAUGGCACAGCAGAGUCCGACUGGCACCUUGAAGGCAGCGGGGGCAACGAUGCCCCUGGGCAGUACGGCGCCUAUUUCCAUGACGAUGGCUUCCUGGCCUUCCCUGGCCGCAUCUUCUCCAGGAGCCUGCCCGAGGUGCCGGAGACCAUUGAGCUGGAGGUUCAGACCAGCACGGCCAGCGGCCUCCUGCUCUGGCAGGGCGUGGAAGUGGGAGAGGCCGGCCGAGGCAAGGACUUCAUCAGCCUUGGGCUUCAGGAUGGGCAUCUUGUCUUCAGCUACGAGCUGGGUAGUGGGGAGGCCCGCCUUGUCUCUGAGGACCCCAUAAAUGAUGGCGAGUGGCACCGGGUGACAGCACUGCGGGAGGGCCGGAGAGGCUCCAUCCAGGUUGACGGUGAGGAGCUGGUCAGUGGCCAGGCCCCAGGCCCCAACGUGGCAGUCAACGCCAAGGGCAGCAUCUACAUCGGCGGAGCCCCCGACGUGGCCACGCUGACCGGGGGCAGGUUCUCCUCGGGCGUCACAGGCUGCAUCAAGAAUCUGGUGCUGCACUCGGCCAGGCCCGGCGCCCCACCCCCGCAGCCCCUGGACCUGCAGCACCGCGCCCAGGCAGGGGCCAACACACACCCCUGCCCCUCUUAGGCAUCCGCCGGCCCCACACGGACUCCCGGGCAGCGCCCCAGCCCGACAAUGUCGAGUAUAUUAUUAUUAAUAUUAUUAUUAUGAAUUUUUGUAAGAAACUGAGGCAAUGCCACGCUUUGCUGCUACCGCCCUGGGCUGGACUGGAGGUGGGCGCGCCACCCCCACACACACACACAGCUGGGCAGAGCCACAGGGCUGACAGGCAGGGCAGGUUGGAUGGGAGUGGGUGCCGCGGAAGGCCACCAGGACUAGGGAUCAGGCACGGUGGCUGCAUAGGCCCAGAACUGCCCCCACUCCCCCUCCCGGAUGGGGCCCCCCAAGGCAGAGCCGGACUGCCCACUUCUGCAGCCCGUGGGCAGUCCUCGUUCCUGUGAGGGCCCACCUCGGCCACAGCCUUGUGCCUCACCAGCUACCUGAGACGGGAUGUCGCAGGAGCCUUCGCCACCCUCUCUGGGCUGGGAAUUCUCUUUAGUGCCAGCUGUGGAGCAAAAGGCAGCUCACCCCUGGGCAGGCGACCCCCUAGCCCUACCAGCCCAUGUCCCAGCCCCCCGACACAGCCAGCCGGGCCACUGCCCCUGGCAGCCUCCUCCCUCCUUCCCCUGCGCCCUCCUGGCCUGCAUUCCCGCCCCCCCCAACACACAGCCAGGGCCCCUCCCUGAGGGGCUGCAAGGGAAACCCCACCCCAACUCUACAGGAGCUGCUAUAGGCAGAGCCCGGCACUGAGAGGGUCUCCCUGCCCACACCAGGCCACAUCCCCCACUCAUCUGGAAGUGAAGGCCCAGGGGACUCGCGGGGGAGCUGUUGGCCGUCAGGAAGAGUUAGUGCCUUGGGUGGGGGGAGCCAGGACUCAGACUGGGAGGGUUAGGAGGGGAUAAGACAGCCCUGCCCCAUCUGUGGGAGCCUGAGGACGCCCUGGGGGGUAAGUGCCCUCCUCCCAGCGGCCCCCAGACUGUGGGGUUGGGACGCCUGGCCUCUGUGUCCUAGAAGGGACCCUCCUGUGGUCUUUGUCUUGAUUUUUCUUAAUAAACGGUGCUAUCCCCGCCA